ACCAAAUAGGCAAAAAUUUUUAAAGUUGGUAUUAUUAAGUGUUGGAGAUGUAGAGCAACCGGAAUUCUCAGACACUGCUGUUGGGAAUAUAAUUGGUACAACCACUUUGGAACACUGGGGUUAUCUACUAAAUUUGAAUGUGUGUAUAUUUUCACUCUUAGAUACCUUCCUUAGAGAAACAUAUGUACAUCUGUACCAGAAAACAUGUACAAGAAUAUUCAUAGCAGCAUUUCUCAGGAGCCAAAACACUGUAGACCACUCAAAUACCCAUCAAGAAUGUAACAGAAAAGUAAAUGAUGGUAUAUUCAUAUACAGCUGGGGUCAGGAAACGUUUCCUGUGAAGGGCCAGAGAAUAAAUACUUUAGGCUUUGCAGGUCUCUGUCUCAAAAUCUUAGUUGUUUUUUCUUCCCCAACUUUAUAAAUAUAAAAAGCAUUCUUAGCUCAUGGGCCAAACAAAAACAUGGCCCAUGGGCCAUAGUUUGCCAACCCCGAUGUAGAUUAAAACUAUACAGCAUUGAAAACGAAUGAACUACAGCUACCUGCAACCCCGUGAAUGAUUAUUACAAACAUGACAUUGAGCUAAAGAAGUGACACAGAUACACAUACAUAUAUACAAAUCACAUAUACAAAAAUCAUAAAUAAAAACCAUAGGAAUAUAAUUCCAUUUAUAUAAAACAGGCACAAUGACACUAUAGGAUUUAGAAAUGUACGGAUAGGCCUUAAAACUACAAAGAAAAGCAAGAAAAUAUUUACCACACAAAUCAGGAUCAUGGAUACUUACAUGUGAGGGAGGGGGUUGUGACCUGAAAGGGACCUCUGGGGGUCUGGCAAUAUUUAAUUUCUCGACCUGGAUGAUGGUAACAGAGGUGUUGGCUUUAUCACUAUUUGUUAAUUUGUACGUUUGUGUUUGUUAUUUGUCAAAUUGUGUGUUUAUGUUUUAUGCAUCUUCCUAUGGGUAUUGUGUUUGGAUGGAUCAUCACCUAAGGUCGACAAAGACAACAGUACAGGAGAGAGUUGAAGACAAACGUACGGGCAGAUGGCAUACCACUCAAGUAACAUGGGAGGGGGUCUGAAGGGAAGAGGAUGAUGUCCCUAAGAAUAGAGGAGGCUGGUAAUGUCCAAAUAUAUGGACUUGAAAGGCGGAGAUGCUAUUGAACCAGAAGGAGAAGCCCUGAUUAGAAGCAGCUUUGGGCAGUGAGGAGAGGGCUGCCUGAUUUUUCUGGUCCCAGUUGGGGGCUGGUACUGGAAAGUCAUUCGACACAUUUCACCAGAGCAUAGACACUGGAUGGGCUGGAAGGACCAUCAGGAGAAAAGGACAGGGCUGUCAGGGCGUGGCAGGGCAGUUUGGGGCAGGCCUGAACAGUGUAAGAUGAUAAGCAGUUUGUGCCCUCUCUGAUGCCUCAGCCCCCAAACACUCCUCAUGGACACAGGGAAGCAGGAGGAAGAGCUGUGUGCAAAGGGAAGAGAUGGAGAUAUUUUAAACACAUAUUUCUUUUUUUUUUUUUUUUUUUUUUGCGGUAUGCGGGCCUCUCACUGUUGUGGCCUCUCCCAUUGCGGAGCACAGGCUCCGGACGCGCAGGCUCAGCGGCCAUUGCUCAUGGGCCUAGCCGCUCCGCGGCAUGUGGGAUCUUCCCGGACUGGGGCACGAACCCGUGUCCCCUGCAUCGGCAGGUGGACUCUCAACCACUGCGCCACCAGGGAAGCCCUUAAAGACAUAUUUCUUAAUCUCUAUUUUACAAAUCAAGAAAUUGAGAAUCAGGGAGGUUAAAAGAUGUGUCCAGGGUCACAGAUUAGUAAAUGAUGCCUGGGACCCCAACUGGUAGAUGUAGUAGUCAGGGUUCCCAAGAAAAACAGAACAAAUAGGGGAAGGAGAGAGAGACAGAGACAAAGACAGAGAGACCCAGAGAGAAAGAGAGAUUGAUUUUAAGGGAUUGGCUCACACCAUUGGCAAGUCUGAACUCAGUAGAGCAGGCCAGUGGGCUGGAAACUCAAGCAGGAUUUCUAUGUUUCAAUCUUGAAGCAGAACUGCUUCUUUCAGGAAAUCUCAGUCUUUGCUCUUAACGCAUUUAACUGAGUGGAUGAGGCCCACCCACAUUGUGAAGCGUAAUCACCUUGACUUAAAGUCAACGGAAUAAAUCAUAGAAACCUUCACACCAACAUCUAGAUUAGUGUUUGACCAAACAAGUCAGCAUCAUAGCCUAGUCAAGUUGACACAUAAAAUUAACCAUCAAAGCUGGAUAUAAGCACCCAGUAUUGACGGACUCUGGCCUAACACUCGGUGAUCGAGUAAACUUAAGCAGGUGUCUCAGGUAGGAAGCACGGCCACAUAUGUGUUCCCACCAUGCAGUGAGGAAAGUGAGGCAAGGCCAUAUUAACUGACCUGCCUGGGCCUCCCAAGUAACUAGCGUCAAGGCUAGGUCUGGCUCCCAGUCUCCAGACUCCAAAUGCCUUGCUCUUUCCUCCCAGCCAUGCCACUGUCUGUGGCUGCCCCUCACUUUCCCUCUGCUCUGGAGCAGCUCAGGUGUUAAGCCCAAGCCUGCCAGGCUUGGGCCUUGCAGUGCUGUCCUGUUUUACCCUCCUAAUGAGAACAUUGAACUGUUCUUGGAAAUUCAUUUCUUUUUUUCUAGACUAUUCAGCAGAGCUAUAUUAGGGAUACUUAAUGCUAAAUCAUGCAAACUCCUGUGUCAGGAAUGGCCUGCCUUCUCUCUGGGCACAAAAAAAUCACUAGCCAUCCUGUGGCUCAAAGGUCCACAGGGGUCCAAGGCUUCUCUCUCCCUCUCUUCUCACAUGACCUGGUGGCCCAGGUUCAAGAACGAUUCCAUCAGGUCAGAGACUCUCUCUGGACCACUUUGUGGGGCAUAGUACUCAUCAACCAAGGAUCCCCAAAGGAAGCAGACCACUCCUGAAUUUCAAAAAUCAUGUUCCAACCAACUUCCCAUGAAAGAGUGACCCUUGCUUAGCAAAGCAAAGCCACACCCACUUGCGGGUUCAGACCUAGUGAGCAUGUUUGGGCAACUGUUGGCCAGGAGCCAGUUUUACAUCAGGAACAAGUAGCAUCUUGGCAAAUCAUUUAUCCUAAUAGAAGAGUCCCUCAUGUUUGAAGGGGUCAGUGACAUUGGAGGAGAGGCGUGAAUCUCAAUGCUGGGUGAUGUCUACCUCUCAGAUUGUACAUUAGGAGCUAUAAUGAGGAGUGUGGACCAAGAAGCAAAGGAGUGGUUUGCCUGAUACCUCUGCAGGACAUCUGCUCUGUGGCCUGUGCAGGAAACACUGUGCAACACCAGUGGGAGUGAAAUGUACUUGCUCCUCUUGGAGUGAGGGCUGCAGCUCUUAGGGGCAUGAAAGAGAAAUGGUGGGGGAUUGUCUCUUCCAGAGAGAGAUGGCUAGAAAUGCUUAGUGGAUCAUAGGUCAGUUCAGAUCAGAUCAGUUCCCCUCUACGUGCCAGGGCCAGAGAUGAACAGAUGAACAAGACACAGCCCUUGUCUUCCCAGAACAGACCGACUGGUGGGGGAAAUAGACAGAUAAUAUCAAUAAGAUACAGUAAGUGCUAUGAGAGAGACAUACCCAGGGUGCCAUGGGAGCCUGGUGGAGGGACACCUCAUCACGAAAAGGGGUUGGGCUACGUGAAGGAAAUGACACUUGAGCUGAGUCUUUAAGUAUGAGCAAGAAUUUACUCAUGGAAGAAAGUGAGAAGAGCACUGAGGCAGGAACAACAGUGUAAGCAAAGGCCCAGAAGCAUGAACAGCAUGGGUGAGUUAAGGAAAUGAGCUGAGAGUUCAUAGGUCAGAAAGUAGGAAGAUAGGAGGGCAGGGAGCUAAGGCCGUUAGUGAGGGAGGGGCCAGGCUCUGUAUGCCAAACUAAUAAACAGGUUAGACUUUAUUCUAUAGGCUAUAAGGAGGCCCAACAGGCUUUAAAUAGGGGUAUGACCCAUUUAUAGAGUUCCAAAUUGCAAUAGGUGUCAUUGAUUUCUGUAUGCCCACCUUCAAACUAUCAGGUUCCAGAGUGAUCUUUCUAAUGUACAAAUCCAAUGAUAUUGCAUGAAUGAAUCAAAAGAGUUAUUCAGGAACAAAGAGAAAGGGUGUCAAGCUGCACUGAGGAUCCAGCUGAGAUGAGAAAUCAUGAAUUUGCAGAGCCACCAACUUGCACUGCUGUGUCACGUUCUCCAUGAUGGAGACAGAGUCAGAAUUUUGCCAUGUCAGACUCGAGAGUGAAGAGUGCUGGUGAGAGAGUAAUUUUGAUAAUUCACCACAGUGGUGAAGGCUGGGUAAGAAGGAGCAUAGCGACGGCCCAGCACCCGAGUCCUGGCCUCGCUCUUUCCUCACGGAACAAACAACAUGAGCUUCAAUGCCCAGUCCACCUUCUCCAACUACCGGUCCCUGGGCUCUGCUCAGUCACCGGGCCACUGGGUCCGACCGGUCAGCAGCGCUGCCAGCAUCUAUGCAGGCGCCAGGGGCUCGGGCUCCCGGAUCUUCGUGUCCCACUCCACCAGCAUCCGGCGCGGCUGGGGAUCCAGGAACCUGGGCGCCGGGAUGGCCGGGGGUCUGGUGGGGGUAGGGGGAAUCCAGGGCGAAAAGGAGACCAUGCAAGACCUGAAUGACCGCCUGGCCUCUUACCUGGAGAGGGUGAAGAGACUGGAGGCUGAUAAUAGGAGACUGGAGUGCAAAAUCCGGGAACACCUGGAGAAGAAGAGACCCCAGGUCAGAGACUGGGGGCAUUACUUGAAGACCAUCGAGGACCUCAGGGCUCAGAUUUUUGCAAGUUCUGUGGACAAUGCCUGUCUUAUUGCUGAUGACUUCAGAGUCAAGUAUGAGACGGAGCUGGCCAUACGCCAGUCUGUGGAGAGUGACAUCCACAGGCUCCACAAGGUCAUUGAUGACACCAGUGUCACCUGGCUGCAGCUAGAGACUGAGAUCGAGCCUCUCAAGGAGGAGCUGCUCUUCAUGAGGAAGAACCACGAGGAGGAAGUAAAGGGUCUACAAAACCAGACUGCCAACUCUGGGUUGACCGUGGAGUUGGAUGCUCCUAGACCUCAGGACCUCAGCAAGAUCAUGGCAGACAUCCGGGCCCAGUAUGACGAGCUGGCUCAGAAGAACCGAGAGGAGCUGGACAAGUACUGGUCCCAGCAGACUGAGGAGAGCACCACAGUGGUCACCUCGCAGACCGCUCAGAUAGGAGCUGCUGAGAUGACACUCAUGGAGCUGAGACGCACUCUCCAGUCCCUGGAGAUCGACCUGGACUCCAUGAGAAAUCUGAAGGCCAGCUUGGAGAACAGCCUGAGGGAAGUGGAGGCCCGCUAUGCCAUGCAGAUGAAACAGCUCAAUGGGGUCCUCCUGCACCUGGAGUCGGAGCUGGCCCAGACCUGAGCAGAGGGGCAAUGCCAGACCUAGGAGUACGAGGCCCUGCUGAACAUCAAGGUCAAGCUGGAGGCUGAGAUCAACACCUACCGCCGCCUGCUGGAAGACGGGGAGGACUUCAAUCUUGGUGACGCCGUGGAAGACAGGGAGGACUUCAAUCUUGGUGACGCCGUGGACAGCAGCAACUCCAUGCAAACCAUCCAGAAGACCACCACCCUCAGGCUCGUGGACGGCAAAGUGGCGUCUGAGACGUCAGACACCAAAGUUCUGAGGCACUGAGUUAGCAGAAGCAGGGUGCCCUGGGGAGCAGGAGGCCAAUAAAAG